AUGGAUUGUCGGAUGCAGGUUUCACGAAUCAUUAGGUUGUCGAUGAUUUCUUCGAGGCCGAAAGUUAUUUCAGUAGAUGGAACCCAUUUGUAUGGUAAAUAUGAGAUAAAAUUAUUAAUUACUGUUGGAAUUGAUGGAAAUGAUAACAUUCUUCCUCUAGCAUUUGCUAUUGUUGAUAGGGAAUUGAAAGAGGCAUGGAAAUGGUUUUUUAGAAAACUAAGCGCAUAUGUAAUAAAGGAUAGAGAAGAUGUAUGUAUUAUCUCUGAUAGGGAAAAAGAAAUCUUAGCUACUUUAUCGGAGUUGUGGCAAUUCCAGGAGCCUCAGGCCUUUCAUCGAUUUUGUGUAAGACAUCUUAAGAGUAACUUUCAAUAUUAUUUUCCAAACAGGAAUCUCAGUGAUCUGAUGUGGAAUGCUGCAUUGGCUCAUCAAGUAAGGAAGUUCGAAGCUUUGAUGUGGGAAAUCAGGGAAGAAAAUGAAGAAGCAUCUGAAUAUCUCAUGCAAUUUCCAUUGGACAAAUGGAUGAUUAGCCAUGAUGAUGGAAAAAGAUGGGGAGUGUUGACAACAAAUCUUUUAGAGUCUUUCAACGGCCUUCUAAAAAAAGCUCGAAGAUUGCCUGUCACUGCCACGGUGAGACUUUCAUUGGAGCAAACAGUUGAACGAUAUACCUGUAAAUCUCAAACAGCGCACCAACUUGUAGAGCAAAAGGAAUUAUGGACAAGCAGGUUCAAAGUAAAGUGGGAGAAGAACUACGAGAGUUCAAAAAAACACUUUGUUUUUUAUUGGAAUAUAUCCACUGGGAUAUAUGAGGUUAGAUCUAUUCAAGUUGAUGGUACUGGUGGUAAUCCUCAUCGUGUUUCAGUAAGUGAUAAAAAAUAUGAUUGUGAAAAAUGGGCUAAUUUGCACUUUCCGUGCUCACAUGUCAUGAAGGUUACUGAAAGAAUGGGAGGGCUAGCUAGAAAUUUUGUUAGCGAGCAUUUCACAACAGAGAAUUAUGUUGCUACAUAUUAUGGGUCAUUCUCACCGAUUGGGCAUGAGGUAUAUUGGCCAUCUCCAAAUUUUAUAAUGAGAAGUAAUGAAUUCUAUCGUCGUCCUAAUCGACAAAGGACAACUAGAGUACCUAAUGAGAUUGAUCGUGGUCCUGCAGUAUAUGGGCGAGCUCGCGGGUUGUGUAAAAAGACUGGACAUGAUAGGCGUCGAUGUCCAACUCGUAAUCAAACUUAA